AUGAAGGUGGAUAUUCAUAGUCACAUUUUACCAAAGGAGUGGCCUGAUUUAAAGCAGAGGUAUGGAUAUGGUGGAUUUGUCCAGCUUCACCAUCACUGUAAGGAUGAAGCAAAGAUGAUGAAGGAUGGAAAGCUAUUCCGAGUGAUUCAAGAAAACUGCUGGGAUGCAUGUGCACGUAUUCGAGACAUGGACCAAUACGGUGUGUCGGUUCAGGCUCUGUCUACUGUCCCUGUCAUGUUCAGUUAUUGGGCCAAACCUCAUGACACCCUGGAUCUCUGUGGCCUUUUAAAUGACGGUCUGGCCCAGACAGUUCGUGCCCACCCAAAGAGGUUUGUAGGUUUGGGAACACUGCCAAUGCAGGCCCCUGAUUUGGCUGUGGUGGAGAUGACCCGCUGUGUCAAUGAACUGGGCUUCCCUGGGGUCCAGAUCGGCUCUCACAUCAAUGACCUGGACCUCAAUGCUGUAGAGCUCCAUCCCUUCUAUGCUGCAGCUGAAGAGCUGGGCUGCUCCAUAUUCGUCCAUCCAUGGGACAUGCAGACAGAUGGGAGGAUGGCCAAGUAUUGGCUGCCCUGGCUAGUGGGCAUGCCCUCAGAGACAACCAUGGCCAUUUGCUCAAUGAUAUUUGGAGGUAUCUUCGAGAGAUUCCCUAAACUGAAAGUCUGUUUUGCUCAUGGAGGUGGCUCAUUCCCAUUUACUGUUGGUAGGAUUGAACAUGGACACAAAGUCCGUCCUGACCUGUGUGCCGUGGACAAUAAAUUCAAUCCACGCAAAUACCUUGGUUCUUUCUACACUGAUUCUCUUGUUCAUGAUCCCAUUUCCUUGAAGCUUCUCAUUGAUAUUAUUGGAAAGGACAAAGUGAUGCUAGGAACAGACUAUCCAUUUCCACUGGGUGAACUGCAGCCUGGAUCACUGAUUGAGUCAAUGGAUGAAUUUGAUGAUACACUAAAGGAUAAACUGCUUGCUGUGAAUGCACUGGAGUUUUUAGGCCUGAAACGAGAACAGUUUGAGUAGCAGGAAAAUCCAAGAAACAAAUGCUUCACAAAGUGGAAUCAUGCACACUUAAUUAGAGAAGCUCACUGUUUUUUGGCUUAUGGUAACUAGUCUGUUAUCAUGUUAUGAAGCAGGAAAUUCAAGGCAUUUAAAAACUGUAUAUGUGAGUGAGUGUAAUUAUUUUCAAGUAAAAGCCUUGACACAGAAAGCAUGUA